AUGGAACUUGAAGGUAGUCGCAAGAGGAGCAAAUUUUCUUCUUGUGAGAGAGUGGCAGCCAUAAGCUUAGUCAUUCUAGCUGUGGCUUCUCCUCUCUAUAUAGAUAGGAAACCAGAUAGUGAACUGGAAGAUAAUGAGCAACCCAUAAACGUUGCUUUUUGGUUACCAUUUUUGCUCUUUGUGUUGAUUAUAGCCAUAGCUUUAUCAGCUUUUCUUGACCGCAACUUCACAAGGUUUGAUCGUUACUGGAUUCAUAGAGUUGGUGGUUCUUCUGGUGGUAUUGUUUUGAUUCUUAUUGUUCUCUUUCUGGUUUUGAAAUGUAAAGCAUCAUCAAUGUAA